AUGGAAAUGGGCAAAUGGGCAGCAGGUGUCUGUGAGGUGGCCAGCCUGAAUCAGACACCUGGGCCUGAAAGCCCCCAGCCCGCUGGUACCUGCUCCCAAGGCAUACAGCUGGUGUAUCCAUGGUGGGCAAUGUUCUGCUGGAUCAUGUCACUCAUUCAGCAGGUGGCAGAGAAUUUUGGAAGAAGAGGCAAGAACGAUCCCUGGACCGACCAAAGCCCGAGAGCCCCUGCAUCCCAUGCCCAUCACCUACGUCCCGCCACCACCAUCCCCAAGAGAAAGGCUGAAGGGGAUGCUAAAGGAGAUAAAGCCAAGGGGAAGGACGAAUCAUGGAGAAGAUCCGCGAGGUUGGCUGCUAAACCUGCUCCUCCAAAGCCAGAGCCGAAGCUGAAAAAGGCCCCUGUAAAGAAGGGAGAGAAGGUACCUAAAGGGGAAAAGGGAAAAGCUGAUGCUGACAGGGAGGGGAAUAACCCUGCAGAAAAUGGAGAUGCCGAAACCGACCAGGCACAGAAAGCCAAAGGUGCUGGGGAUGCCAAGUGAAGUGUGUGCAUUUUUGAUAACUGUGUACUUCAGGUGACUGUACAAUUUGAAAUACUAUUUUUUAUCAAAUUUCAUAAAAAUGCAGAAUUUCAUUUUACUUUUUUUUUUUAAGCUAUGUUGUUAGCACGCAGAACACUUCAUUGUUGUUUUGUGGGGAAGGGGAAUAUGCCAUUAAGAGAAUGUCUCCGAAGCUGGAUUGAUGUGGGGAAAACACCUUUUCCUUCUAGUUUUGAGAAACUUCCUCCUGACGCACAGGAGUAGGGAUUCCCUGACUUUUACACACGUGGCCACCUUGGCACAAACGCCUUGUGGUAUGGAAAAACGAAUUCUUUUUUAUGUCCUCUUCUCACUUUCCAUCUUUCAAUAUAGACUUAACUCCCUUAAGUGCAGACAUCUCUUGGGACCUGACCCCCAAUCAUUGGUUACCAGUAUGUCAGGCAAUCUGGACUUGCCAGUGAUGCCACUGAGAUGGCACUUUCCAAAAGAGCAGUGGUUCCAUUUCUGGAUUGUGGAUCUUCAGAUAAAUUCUGCCAUUUUCAUUUCACUUCCUGAAAGUCAGGGUCGACUUGUGAAAAGUUGUUAAACAACAUGCUAAAUGUGAAAUGUCAACCCUCACUCUAAACUUUCCCUGUUCAGAGCAUCGGAUGAGGACUUCGUUGGGUUUUAUAGUGGCUUUCUGAUUUUUGGUAGUCCAUCGAAAACGGGAUUUUGAAAAUUGUUGUAUACUGUUAACAAUUGUCUGCCCAUGUCCUGACUGAAAUACCAUGAUUGUUUAUGGAAAGUAUCUUUAAUAAGGCUGGAUACAGUUUGGCUUGAAAAAGAAAAGAAAUAAAGAGAAUUUUUAGAUUGAAGGAGCAUGCUAGGUUCCAGAAUAAUUUGAUACAAAAUGCUCAACACCAAGACAGCUUGGUUAAAUUAAUACAUUUCAAGAAUAAAAAACAUCUUUAGGCAUCAAGACAGAAAAAGCAAGUCAGUUUAGGCCCACGGCUGUCCUAAUGAACAGUUGAUGAUGGAAGACAAUGCAGCAGUAUCUACAAAAUUUUGAAAGAGAGUGCGUCCUAAGAAUAUUAUACCCAGCCAAGAUAUCAUUCAAGUAUCAGAGUAACCUAAAGACAUUCUCAACACCAAGAGACUGAAGGAAUUCAGAACACAGAAGUCCUUUGUGAAAAAAAAAACUGCUUAUCACAAUAUCUAUCCAAUUAAGAGUUCAGUGAAAAUACAAAACUUGGGAAAAGUGAUGUUAAAGUAAAAAGACUAGUGCUGAGUCUUAUAGUCUUAUUGACAUGGAACCAAAAUUAGAAGGAUGGAAGUCAACCAUCUUGAUCUUUCUUUGCAGAGACUCAGUUACUACCAUGUAAAAAAAGAAGUGUUUUAUUAAAAACAAACAAUAUGAAGCAGGGCACAGUGGCUCCUGCCUGUAAUCUCAGGACUUUGGGAAGCCAAGGUGGGUGGAUCACCUGAAUUCAAGACCAGCUUCACCUACAUGGUGAAACCCCAUCUCUACUAAAAAUACAAAAAAAAUGGCCAGAUACAGUGGCUCAUGCCUGUAAUCCCAGCACUUUGGAAGCUGAGGUGGAUGAAUUAUGAGGUGUGGAAUUCAAGACCAGCCUGGCCAAGAUGGUGAAACCUUGUCUCUACUAAAAAUACAAAAUUAGCUGAGUGUGGUGGCAGGCACCUGUAAUUCCAGCUACUUGGGAGGCUGAGGCAGAGAAUUGCUUGAAUCCAGGAGGCGGAAGUUACAGGGAGCUGAGAUCAUGCCACUACACUCCAGCCUGGGCAACAGAGCAAGACUCUGUCUCAAAAAAAAAGAAAGAAAACAAAUUAGCUAGGCAUAUUGGCCUGUGCCUAUAAUCCCAGCUACUUGGGAAGCUGAGGCAGGAGAAUCACUUGAACCUGGGAGGCAGAGUUUGCCCUGAGCUGAGAUUAUACCACUGCACUCCAACCUGGGCAAUAGGGUGACUCUGUUUCAAAAAAAAAACAAAAAAAGCAAAAAAAUGAUAUGACUCCAACCUCUUAAUGUCUUUUUUUUUUUUUCCUUAAUCUUAGAGGGAUCUUUUAGGAAAAUAUUAAGAUGAAGACCUAUUUCUUUGAAGUUUAGCAAGUCUAAUUUUACGUUAGUUUCUUUUUCUUCUGUAAAAGUCAGGAAAAAUUAAGUUCAACAUUGCUUACAUUGCAUGCUUACUUAAGAUACACUCUAAAUUCUAAAGCAACAACUUUCAGAAUUCUUUCUGCAACUCAGUGCAGUUGUUAGCUGUGGGCUACCUGAAUGUAGAGUAGGAAAGGGGAACCCAUUCUGCCAUCAGGAAACUCUGCAUCCUGUUCUGGCCCAGGCUCAGACAAGCUCUCCCUUUUGGGAAGCUCCUGUUAACUCUGGCCUCUUGUCUUGUUUGUACAAAGGGAACAGUUCUCUCUUCCUCAAUAAUCUUACAGGAGGGUGUGAGAAUUAUGAGACGAGCACAGGAAAAACAUCUCAAAUGGCAGGAUAGUGCUCCACUUUGUUAAGAGGAAUGGUUAAAUGCAACCCUAACCUCGUUGGAAAGAGGUUACCCAGGUACCAAGGGGUCAGGGUGUUUCACUGGAGGCUGGCUUCAAACCUGUCCCCUGCACUUCGGUUUCUGUUCCACUGCCUUCCAUACACCUGGAGUAUUUUUUUCUUCUUUGCUUUCCCUUACAGUGGCUACUGGACAUCUUUUCUAAGACGUAUUAAAGGAAUAUUCUUCUUUCUUCUUAUACCAAUAUGAAACUGGACUUUGCCUUUAGGUAGCCACACAUUCAUGUUCUUAGUCCAUGAGCUUUGGGGAGUAUAUGACUCAGGCUUAAGCUGAUCUGAGCACCCCCUAGCCUGAGCCACCCUUGCAUGGAGAGCAAUCUGACCCAAUCAAAGACACUCCAAGAUUUGGCUUGGAAUGCUGGGAGAGAUUCAUACUCCCUCCUUAAUAUGGGACUGAGGGUGUAGCUUCUGGAGCUGUUGCAAUCAUCUGGCACCCAUGAGGAAUAAACCCUUCUGUGAAUGGACCAGUCUUGGAAGAAAGCCAGGUCACAAGAAAUACAGAGAAAGUACCUCCUGGUGACACAAUCUGAAUAUCUAAUUGGUUAGGUCAGAGGCCAGUUUCACCCAACAUAAGCUAUCAAUCUGGCUUUUGCUUAAGCCACUAACUAAAACAGUGUCACUAAUUUAUAGUUUGUUUUAGAAGCAACUUACAGAGACAAAUAAACCUCUUCAAGGUAUAGCUCAAAUGCUGACUAAAAUAUCAGGGUUUCCCUGAUCCUCUUAGCUAAAUACAAGUUUUCCCUUCUUAAAACUGCCACAGCACUUUAUCUGAAUGUGUCUUCUGGGACCUCUGGGUUCUCACGAUAGAGUUACAAGGCUGCACACACAUGCAACUUAUCCAUAGACUGAAACUCUCCACACAUCCAAGCUUCAAAGGCAGGCAUUCUUUUUCAUCUGGGAAUAGCUAUUAUAAUGCCAGGCAUGAAAUAAAUGCUCAAUAAGUGAUUGUUCAAUGGCUGUCUGGCUGUGGCUCUAUUAACAGUUUAAUUUUAUCAGUUAGCUUGUUAAUUUCUUUUUUAUGAGACAGGGUCUCGCUCUGUUGCCCAGGCUGGAGUGCAAUGGCAUGAUUAUGGCUCGCUGCAGCCUCAACUUCUCAGGCUCAAGCAAUUUUCCCACCUUAUUCCCCCUAGUAGCUGGGACUACAGGUGUGCACCACUAUGCCAAAAGCUUGUUAAUUUCAAGUCUUGUUAAAAAUUGUUCUAAAGACUGGGCACAGUGGCUCACCUAUAAUUCCAGCACUUUGGGAGGCCCAGGCAGGUGGACUGCCUGAGCUCAGGAGUUUGAGACCAGCCUAGGCAACAUAGUAAAACCCCAUCUCUACAAAAAAAAAAAAAAAAAAAAAAAAAAAUUAGCUGGACAUGGCGGUGCAUGUCUGUAGUCUCAGCUGUUAUACUUGUGGGGCUGAGAUGGGGGGGAUCACUUGGGCCUGGGAGAUCAAGGCUUCAGUAAGCUGUGAUCACACCACUGCACUCCAGCCUGGGUGACAGAGUGAGCCCCCGUCCCAGAAAAACAAAACUAAAAAGCCCCAAAUUGUUCUAAAAUGUUCCUGACCUCCAUCACUGAACAGCAAAGGCCACCCCCACAGCUCCAGGAAGAGGAGGAGAUUGGCCUUCAGGAGAAAUGAGAUGAGAGCACUAGCCCUAAUCCUGAUCUUGGCUGGAGCUGCUUUAAAUUCCUUGCUUCUAGCUGGACCCGUGGUGGCUCAAGCCUGUAAUCCCAGCACUUUGAGAAGCUGAGAUGGGUGAAGCCCAGGAUUUCAAGAGCAGCGUGGGCAACAAGACAAAAACUCGUCUCUACAAACUAGGAAGGCUAAGGUGGGAGGAUCGCUUGAACCUGGGAGGCUGAGUUUGCAGUGAGCCAUGACUGUGCCACUGCACUCCAGCCUGGGUGACAGAGCCAGACACUGUCUCAAAAAUAAAUAAAUAAAUAAAUAAAUUCCUUGCAUCUUUCUCCAAAACAUCAAAAGAGACCAGGAGGAAAAUCCCUUUUAUCUACAUAUUAUUCUACAAAUCUACCUUCGAGGUAAGUUCAUAGAAAAACUUGGAAAUGGGUCAUUUAUUGUCCACAUCUUUCAUCAUGUUGCCCAACUCCUGGCAGCAGCCUUUCUUCUGCCCAUGUGGUGCUCCUUGCAGGCCAGGAAGCAAUCCAAAUAACAUCAUCAAUCCCUAAUAAAAUGCAAUUUACCACUGACGUCACAGAGGGCACCACCAAGAGAGCACCAAGCAGGGCUAGAUGCCGAUCCUUCCAGCUUCUGGUCUUGGGAGCUCUUUCCCCAGCAGUAUGAUCUCAUCACACCUCUUCAACUGGAUUAACAGGUCUUUUGUUUCCUCCAUUUAAUGACAAUUCAAGCUCUUUCUGGCUGCAGGCUUUGAUGGCCCUCACUCCAUCCAGCAAAUUUCAGGAUCUGACACCCAGCCACAGACAAAACUCAGGUCCGCCUGCAGCCCCAGACCCAUACCAAGCUUGGGUGGAAGCACUUCCGAGAACGUCCGGUCAGGCAAGUGCUGGCAGUGUGAGACCGCAGCUGGCUCUGUACCCCUCCCUCUCUGUGGGGUACCUCACCCCGACCUGGACCCAUGCCUGAGUCUACCCAUGAGGCUCCCUUUUCGUUGAUCCAGAUUCUUUGCUUCGGUUCUGUUGGAUACAUACCCCAUAUAUGGUGGCAAAUCCCCUCAAAUUCUCCAGGAAAUGGGGUGAAAUACAAAUAAGUCUGGAGCCAAAGAUACUGAUCUCCCUGUUCCCAAACGUGCCCACUUUCAUCAGAGUACCAGGCUGCACAGAGAGAAUCUGAUCCUCCCACCGCUCCUCAGUGCCCAUCAGUGGGUUUUCAAAAGAGCCCUCCACAGAGUCCCAUUCCCAUUUCUUCCACAGGGUGGCCUCUGGUGAGAUUAGGUGGUAUGAAGGCAGGACAAAGGAGAAAGCCAAGAACACUGAAUGUUCUGAAUUACAGCAUAGAGUCCUGACUCCUCCCAAGCCUGCCACAUUUGACCCCAGCUCACCCUUCCAGUGCCUGCCCUCACAUCAACCUAUUGCAGCUCCUGAGAUGCCCCAGGGUCGCUAGUGCCCCUGGCUUGCACGUGCAGUCCCUCCUGUCUGUGGCAUUUGUCUUAUACAUCAUACCAAAUGUGACAGCCUCUUGGAAGCCGCCUUCCUCAGCGAAUCUUGGCAGGGUAAGUGGCCUUUUCUGAGCUCAGCCGCCUUUGUGCCUGCCUGCCUUCUUCCUUCCACAACUGACUGAGCCCAAACCGGAUGUCAGCCCUGCGCCAGACAGGGCAUGCUGCGGGUGGCAAACAACGCAGAAGACAGUGUGACAAAGGCAAUUAUCAAAACCCAGUUACAACAGACAGCAAAGUGAUGUGGGCUUCUGCACAGAACACUGCCACCUCGUUGUUAAUGGCUGAUCUGUUUAUCAGGCUGUGACCUCAAGGAGGGGCUGUGUCCAUUCAUAUUUCUACCCCAGCCCCUAGCAAAGAACAUGCCACACAGUGGGUGUGAUAUGAACAUGAAAGAAUGGACUCCACAGGCACGUGGAGUGAAUACCAAUGGCCCCAGGGAAGCCACCCCAGGGCAGAUACCCCAGUCCCAGAUUUAAAGCCACCUCUGGUGCUGCUCCCCAGUGUGAGCUCUAAAUCAGCUCAGUGUCAAAGAUCGAGGUGGCUGCUAACUGACCUGUGAGCAGAGGAAAGUUGUGAGCUCUUAUUUAUGGCAUUGAGGUUUUGUGCAGAAAAAGGAGUCUGUCCAGUAACCACUGAUAAAUUGUGAAACAAUGUGAAUUGUGAGUGGGAGCAUGGUUUUUAAAGGCCAUACACCAUGUUCAAGGGACAGGAAUCCUACCCUCUUGCUGGCUGAAUCUUCCUUGCCCAUUGUACCUGACAGAGGGGAUAAAAAUAUGCCACUCCAAAAUGUGCCACUUUGGCUUAUGAUUAUUUUGAGCUGCAGGCAAAUGAAAACCAACAGAUGCAGAGAGUAGCCUUCUAAGAGCUUCUCUUAUCUGACUAAAAGCAGAAACUUCUGAGAAACGAGGACUGCCAUGAAUCUCCUCUCUCAGGGAAGUUUUACAGCCGUGAAAACGGAAAGCUGGCGCCAAGUGGACCCACACAAACAAACCUUACUCCAUUGGUUUUCCCAUAUAUUUACCAAAUCUCAUGUUGAAAUGUGACCUCCAGUGUUGGAGGUGGGGCCUAGCGGGAGGUGUUUGGGUCCUGGGGGUGGAUCCCUUAUGAAUGGCUAGGGGCCAUCCCAUGGUAAUGAGUAAAUUCUCUGUCUAGUAGUUUAUGGGACAGCUGGUUAGUUAAAAGUACCUCCUCCUCUCUUUCCCUCCCUCCCUCCUUCUCUCUCUGGCUCCCGCUCUUGCCAUGUGACAGGCCUGUUCCCCCUUCACCUUCUGCCAUGAGUAACACCUACCUGCAGCCUCACCUGAAGCCAAGCAGAUUUGUGGUGCCAUGCUUGUAUGGCCUGCAGAAUCAUGAGCCAAAUAAACCUCUUUUCUUUAUAAAUUACCCAGCCUCAAGCAUUCCUUCUAGCAAUGCAAAACAGAAACACACCUUCCAACAGUUUGCCACCUUUGGAAGUCCAAAACCCCUUUCUUGUAUGCUGUCACUUCUGUAAACAUUUCUUUUUCUUUCAUUAAGAUGCUAUUUAAGUUGUUUAACCAAUGCUUUCAGUUACUCAUCUCUGGAUACUCUCAUAUAUAUAAGCACAAUACCCAUGCUAGAUGCACAUGCUGAAAAGCUCCUGUUUUAUUCUUUUUUUUCUUUUGGAGACAGAGUCUUGCUCUGUCACCCAGGCUGGAGUGCAGUGGUAUGAUCUUGGCUCACUGUAGCCUCUACCUCCAGAGUUCAAGCAAUUCCCCUGCCUCAGCCUCCUGAGUAGCUGGGAUUUACAGGCGCAUGCCACCAUGCCUGGCUCAUUUUUGUAUUUUUGGUAGAAAUGGGGUUUUACCGUGUUGGCCAGGCUGGUCUCAAACUCCUCACCUCAGGUGAUCUGCCCACCUUGGCUUCCCAAAGCGCUGGGACUAUAGGCAUGAGCCACCGCACACGGGCUGCUUUUCUCUUGUUAAUUUAUAUCUUGUUAGUCUGAUUUACAGGGACCUAGCUGGACAUUUAAAAUGGGUAUAGAAAAAAGGCUUUUUCCAUCCCUAAUGGGGAGAAAUCCACCUCUGACCCCCACAGUAGAGAUGGGACUGCUUACAAGCUGACACCCUCUGGGGCUCACGGGGAGCAGUCCUGUUCCAUUGCAGGGAUUGAGUGUGGGGUGUAAAUUGUGCUUUACACAAUGCUAGCAGCCCACACUAGCUACAAAUACUGAACAAUCUGAAUGUCAACCUUUACAGGGGAGCAGAUAGCACAGACCACAGGACCUAUGAAGAGAAUCAGCAGCCAAACUGAGCAAGUCUCAGGCCCCAUUGAAAAGGGGAUCAUGUAGGAAACACACACCUCUGUAAAUGCCAAGUGUGUUUCUCAGGGAGACUUAAGAACAUACAACAUUGAGAAAACAAGAACAGGCUGCCAAGAAGCAUCCUGAGAAUAUUAAGCUCUUUUGGCAAUUAAAGGAAAAAAGAUUGCUGGGGGGAAAAACUCCACAACUCAACAGAGGUGGCAGAUAGAAAGAUGAGCUGGUGAAUCAGAAAACCAAUUCGAGGAGCUCUCAGAAUCUGGAGGAAAAAGGCAAAGCAACAGAAUUAAU